AUGCCACUCUUUCCAGGGCACCGGUACUUGGGACCAGGCAACCGGCUGCACAACGGAGAGCCCGUAGACGAGGACGACCGCAUUGCAAGGCGCCACGACGAGGCCGUGCCCAAAGAGUUUUUCAAGGACUUUGUGAGCACAGGCAACUGGCACUCUGCAUUUAGAGCUGUCGGUCUUGGUACAAAAAAUCUCGUGGAGGAAAAGGUGCUAGGACGCAGUCUUUAUGGAAUGCCACCAGCCGGACGGAAACGUGGUAAUCAGGACCAGCCAGGACCAUCAUCAGCAAAACGUCAACAACACGAUACAACAGACGGCGGUGACGAAGAAAUGUCCGAGACGGCGGCGGACGCCCCCUCUGCCCCCCCGGCAGGAGGAGCAGGUAUUGGAAGUAACCAUCCGAAUACAUCCGAGCACGUUCAACAAAUUCUACGAGUACCUCGCGACCACAGAGUGGUCACAGUGUUCAAUGACAGCAAGAUUCUUACCACCUGGGGCUACGCCAUGCUGAAGACAUCGCUGAAAUACGAUGGUGAAAAGAACUUCCCUGGUAUCGUAACAAGCAUGUCACGCCUUCCGGUCGACCGUCCCUACUUAUACAUCCCGCACGGCACUUACCUGAAUUUACCAGCUCACACAAAAGCUGUCCAAUGCUCCGCGAAAAUAAGUCCACACGGCUUGAGAACACCAUGGAAAACUGGCUCUUCAGUAGUGCAACCUGUCAACUCUGACAUGCUCGUGUACGGUGUAUCAUCAGUUGGUCUAAACCACAGCAUGGACACUGGUAUGUGCCGCAUCACACAUGGCACAACACACAACGCGAUGAAACCACAAACCAUAGUUCCAUUCAGCAUAGAGCACCAUGCAGAAUUGGCCAAAAGCUACUGGGGUCUCGAAAUACAACCAAUGACAGAAGCGCAAGAAUACGAUGACAAAGCCACUGCUUCAGCCAGCAUGGGAGCACCACGCCACAAUUUCGCUUACGACUUUGUGCACAUCGAUGGCAUCAGUCCUCGCUUAACAAAAUUUGUCAAUCAAUACCCCUUCAAAGGCCAAGUAGGCACCCCAAUUGUUAACUACGAGCACAAGUUUGACAACGCGUGGCUUCGCAUGGGCCCCACUUACGGCGCUGGCAACGAACUGCUCACUCACUCUGUGCUUGGUGUACCGGCAGACGCUGCAAAGUACACGACAACAAACUUCUCCAAUAUCGAAUCUUACACUCAAACUCCCGAAGAGAACACCAUUAUGCGCCUACGGCCCGAAGACUUUCAAAACAAGAGACGCGUCAGAUAUCUCGAACCACUGGAAAAAUCGUGGUACCGGCGUGGCUUGGGUCCCAUGACACAAGGUUCUAUUCAACCCAGCGUAGGUUUUGGUAUUAUGGCUGUAUCUAAAGCAAACAAGGACGAUCCAGGAAGCUCUGACAAGUUUCAAGACGUCACUGCAUUCUUUCAAGUGGACACAGAGCUUGUCAUCCACUCUUGCAUGGACACAAUAGCACCAGACUGUGUAAUGCUUCCUGCCAGUGAAGGUCCGUAUCUCCGGCACACCCGCGCCAAAAUCAAACUACCUCCCAACAGUCUGUCACGUGAAGGACGUCAAGCACAGCUCAUCAACACACAAGAAGACAUCAGAGCAUACGAAGCUGAAAUAACUAAACUGAGUGAAGAGCAAAACGCUCGAAGACACUCAAAACGAUCAAUAACAGUACCAUUUGCUCCAGAAUAAAAGCGUUUAUUCUUCAUC